GGAAAUCUACAAAUCGUCGUUGUUCUCGUCUCAUCAAGCUGCUCCAAUGGCAGAGAGUUCGUCGAGGAAGAACCUCAAACGAUCCUUCUUAGAAGAUGAAGAUUCUAAUAAGCAACCCCCCGAAAAGCGAGUACGGUUUCCAAAGGGUAAAAAGUCGAAAGGUGAACAGCUCUUAGAGGAAGAAGCUGUAGCCCGCCGCAAAGCUCGUGAUGCUGCUAAGGAGCGUGCACAUAUUCGCAAUCAGAAUACUGCUAAUCUCUUUAUCGAAAACGAUAAUGACGAUAUUGAUGCGGCUCAGGAGACUUAUGAGGAUGAUGGGAACCGCACAGAAGAUGGGAUCCAAAUUGAAGCUUUUAGUCUGGACAGAGAGAAAGAAGAAGGUUACUUUGAUGCUGAUGGGAACUUUGUAGAAUAUGUUAGAGAAAAGGAAGUCAAGGAUGCAUGGCUUGACAGUAUUGAAAAAAAUCCGAUGUAUAUGGGACGAUCUGCUGCAAAUGAUACUGAGAAGGAUGAAGAUAGUGGGAACGAAAAAGUAGCAGAUGAUCUUUCUCAAGAUGAAAUUGGAGUCAGAAAGAGGCGCAUUGCUAAUGUCCUUGAACCAGGAGAAACGGUCCUGCGAGCUUUAAGGAGGUUGAAAGGGAAUUCGAAUAAUCGCAAGGAGAAGAUGACAUCUGAGACAAAGCUUAUCUUUGAUCAGCUUACUGAGGAUGCGGACAAGCUUAUCGAGAACGGUGACUACAAUGUUUAUCAUGAGGAGCAAGAAGUUUUCCAACGUGAAGCAGAAGGAUAUGAGAGACUAGCUCAAGCGAAAGGAAAUGUGACUGCCAAUUCAGAAUCUUGUGAUAUGUUUGGCGAUGAUGAGGAUGCUCCUGAACCUUCCUCUGAUCUACUACCGUCUGGCUCCAUCUCCGGCACUCAGCUCAAUUCUGAUUAUGUGUUUGAUGAGUCUUCGGGGUACUACUACAGCAGUAGCCUUGGUUACUACUAUGACCCUAACACUGGACUUUACUGCUCCGCAACAACCGGAAAAUGGUACAAGUUCGACGAAGAGACUAAGGAAUAUGAAGAGGUGGUUUCUGAAGUUGCUACCGAGGAAGUUUAAUUUUCUUUUGUCUGUACUUUUAACCAACACAUAAGGUCUUGAAAUAUUUCCUUUGUUAGACAUGUUUCUUUUUCAGUUUGAAAAAGUUAGCACAUAUAUAUAAAUAUAUUUGGAUUAGUUUU